AUGGGGUUUGGUGUUUUAGAUGUCAGAUCCAGCGAACAUGUUCCGGGGACAGUCUUUCUCAACGAGGCUGGACGCAUCAAUCUCGAGCUGUCACUUGAAGUCACUGCUACUGCUGCAAAUGGCCCAUCGGCGACGACGACCUUGAAGCACGACAAGAACAUUGUUCUGGUCCCGCAGCCUUCGAAUUCUCCCGACGACCCCUUGAUGUGGUCGAAAUGGAGGAAGCUCCUGUUCCUGGUGGCGUUUGCUUAUGGAUGCGGUUGCGUGGGAGCGGAUGGGCCCAUUCUCGCUGCCGCCGCUGUGCAGCUGGCAACUGAAUGGGAGGCGAGCCUGUCGACAUUCAUCUCGCAAUACAACGGAGUCCUUUUGGGAUGUGUGGCAGUAUCAUCCCUCUUGGGCAACUCGCUGGCGGUGAAAUACGGGAAGCGCCCGGUUUACCUGGUGACCACGGUCUUCCUUGUGGCCGGUUCUUUCUGGGGAGCCGCGGCUAAAUCGCUGGGAUCAUUGACAGCAUCUCGGGCCCUGGUUGGCCUUGGAGUAGGUCCUUGGGAGGCUCUCAUCCCCGCCAGCAUUGCAGACCUCUGGUUUGUGCACCAGCGCGGAUUCCGGCUCGGCAUCUUCAACCUUGCGAUAUUUGGCGGCAUCAACAUUGCGGCCCCGAUUUCCGGGGUGAUUAUCGAAAGGUAUGGCUGGCGAAAGUGUAUGUACGGCAUCAGCGGCGCGCACCUCCUCCAGCUCAUCCUCGCCUUCUUCUUCAUGCCGGAGACGGCAUACCACCGAGCCCAAACCCUCAACCUCGACACCGCGUCCAGCGAUGACCUCUCCAUCCCGAUCCCGAUCCCGGCCAAAGACCCAGGUGCACAUCAUGUCGAGCAGACCGAGACCAAGGCUGCCGUGACGCAAGGUAGAGAUAGAGAUAGGGAUGGCUAUGGCUCUAGCUAUGUGCCGGAUACAAAGGUCUUCCCGACUCUCAAGCAACUCUCGCCAUGGUCGGGCUACUACCACCCAGUGAGCCUUUACAAAAUCACCCUCCGCCCGGCCCGGCUACUACUGUCGCCCAUAGUGUCAUGGUGCACCAUCGUCUUCACCACCUGUGUUGCAUGGCUGGUUUUGAUCGCCGUCACCAUCUCCCAGAUCUUCUCAGCGCCCCCUUACAGCUUUGGGGUUGAACAGGUCGGCGCCACCAACGUUUCCUCGUUCGUCGCGUCUGUGGUCGGGGUCAUUGUGGCCCAGCCCUUGUUGGAUGGGUUGGCAGUGUACAUGUCGAAGAAGAACAAGGGCAUUUACGAACCGGAGUUCCGUCUUCCACUCGUCCUGUCCUAUCUGUUAUUCUCGGCGGUCGGGUUUUUCGCCUGGGGUCAAUCUGUUCACGCAUUGGAUCCAUGGCCCGUGCCGGUGAUUGUUGGGCUGGGCCUGAUCAGCUUCGGCGUCCAAUUGACCACCACCGCCGUGGCCGCGUACCUGGUCGACUCUCAUCGGGAGCUUUCGGGGGAAGCAUUCGCUCUGCUGGGCUUUGUUACCAAAGUCUUUUGCAUGGGCCUGACUUUCUACAUCACCGAUUGGCUUGUCACCGCCGGCAUCAGGAAUUGCUUCUUCACAUUGGGCGGCAUCACCGCGGCCUUGGGCAUCUCGGCUUUGCCCAUGUAUGUCUGGGGCAAGCGUCUUCGAGGCUGGUACCAUCGCAAAUUGGCCUUUCAUCACUAA